AUGCCGCUGCUCAGGUCCCUGGCACUUCUUGCUUUGCUUGUCUCUGACCUCUGCUGUCUGCCCUGGUUCAUAAACAUCUCUGAGAGCGAGAGGCCUGGAGCCAUCCUUCAGACCUUCUCCUUCAACUGCUCCUCUUACACGCCCACUCUGGAGCUGCUCCAUGUGCAGCCACCUACCACCUUCUUCAACCCACCCAGCCUAGCCAGGUGGCAGGGGAGGUACUUGGCCAAGGUGACCUUGAGCAGCUCAGCACAUCUGGAUGCCUUGGAGGUGAAUCACUACAAGUUGCAGCUGCGGUACACGUGUGGUAACUAUGUGACAGAUGGACUGCUCUCUGUGGAUGUGCAGCAGGACCCUAGCCGUGUCCAGUGUGGCCGAUUUGCCAGUCCAGCUGGUGAAGUCAUUCAGGUGCCAGAGACAGUCACACCUGGGGCCCGGCUGUAUACUCUGCUUCUGCCAGGCCUGGAACUCCAGGGAGCCCAGAUCAAAAUCACCAGUGCCCAGGACCCUCCAUAUUUCCCUGGACCGUUCUUCAUUGAUGGGCUCGGUUGGCUGCGGGCACCACCCCAGGGCCUCAAAGGCCAGGUUCAAAAGGUCUUCCAGCUUCAGAUCUUGGUGACAUUUGGACAGAACAGAAGGUGCCAGGGGAUGCUAACAGUGAAAGUUUUGCCUGCUCCUUCCAGCCAAAUCUCCUUUCUGGAGCAAGAGCAGAAUAUCACCAUCCUGGAGGACCUGGCCCCAGGGAGUGAGGUAGUUCAGGUCCAGGCCCGGGGCUCUGAUGUGCGCUAUGAAAUCCUCUCCCCAGUGCCUUGUCCACUCUUCUCUCUCGGACGCAUUGAUGGCAUAGUCCGGACCACUGCACCCCUGGAGUUGGCACAGAUGCCAGAUGCAGCGGUCACUCGGCUGCUGGUCAAGGCCUACGAGCGGCUCCAGCCCUUGGCCAGUGUUGAGCUUGACCUUACUGUGAAUGUACAAUCAGUUAACCGCUGGUCCCCGCACUGCCUCCCAACUCUGCUGGUGACUCAAAUCCCAGAGACCACACCCGUGGGCACAGUGCUGAAUAUCUUCACGUGUUCUGACCCCGACGCUCCUGGCUCUACCCUUGACUAUGAACUGUGGUUCCACACCCCUCUUGGAUCUGCCAGCCUUUGUCUUCAAGAUAGGGUUUUGGAGGUGAAUGCCACACUUGACUGUGACAAUCCUGGGCCCUGCUUGCAGCAUGCUGCCUCCAUCCUGGUACUUGACAAUGGUCAGCCCCAGAUGACCACUGAGGUGCCAGUACUGGUGAUGGUGACGCCUGUCAAUGAGUUUGCCCCAGCCUGUGUCCCACGCACAUUCCGGGUUCCAGAGGAUGUAGAGCCCCACACCCUGCUGGGCUCUGUGGUGGGCACAGACAUGGAUUACCCCCACAACAGCAUUGAGUACUACAUCUCUGGCGGGUCUGCCACCUUCGCUAUGGAUCGCCUUAGUGGGGAGAUUUACCUCCUGAAGCCUUUGGACUAUGAGCUGCAAAAGUUGUAUAGGCUCACUGUCCUGCUGGUGGACCAUGACCAAGACCAGGACCCCACCUAUCACCGCUCAGGCUCCUGCAACAUUGCCAUUGAGGUUGAGGAUGUGAAUGACCACAUGCCCAAGUGUGAGCCCCCGUUUCAGGAACUCACCAUCUAUACUCCCCUGGGCCAUAGUGUGGAGGUGACCAAGGUGUCAUGUCGGAUCCCCCAGGAGCCACAGCGCCUGGCUUUUUCCUACAGUAUUGUGAGAGGGAAUACUCAGAGCCAAUUCAGCCUGCAAGGCACUGUCCUGGUGUACAACAACCUCAUGUUGAGGCCCUCCUGGCCAAAGCAACCCCAUACUUAUGAGUUGCUGAUCCAUGUGGCCGAUGCAGGCCCCUUCACCUCCCAUCUCAGUACCACAGCUACUGUCAUUGUACAUGUAGUUCCCGGGAGCACCAGCACAAUGGCCACACGCACCCACAGAGACACAGAGCCUUCUAUGAUGACACCCCUGUUUGUGAUGAACACAGAGACAUUCUGGCAGCCAGAGCCUUGGUUUGUGGUGGUGUUGACAGUGACUGGUGCCCUGCUCCUCUUGGCUCUGGGCUGGCUCCUCAGCAGCUUCCUUCAGAGGUUCAUCCAGGUGUUACAGACACCAAGCAAACCAGCCCAAGCUCAGCUACUAAACAGUGCAACUGAAGGGUCCAUUGAAAGGCCCAUUGUGGAGGAACCGAGGAUGGAGAUGUCCCAAGCACCCAAAAGUGUCAUGAGCCUGCAUUUUGAUGGCAGAGCACAGGACUCCAGUACAGGCAGAGACUACCUGUUCAACACAUAUACAGGAGCCCGGCGCUGGCUCUGAGGCCAAGAAACUGCUUCACUAUGUCUGGAACUUCUUCAAGUGAUCAU